AUGAUGGGCAUCACGAAAAAACGAAUAGUUAUUAUUGGUGCUGGUCCAAGUGGUUUAUCACAAUUAAUUGUUUUCAAACAAGUUGAAGAAGAACAACGUGUUGAACUUGUUUGUUUUGAACGACAGGCAGACUGGGGUGGUCUAUGGCAAUAUACAGCUUUGACAGGUACAGAUUCUUGUGCUGAACCUAUACAUUCCAGCAUGUAUCGACAGUAA